AUGGCGUCCUCUCCCUCUCAUGUCUCUUGUCUCAUUAGUGACUUGUCUCAGUCUUUUUCUCUAAAAGGUCUAGGGUCUCUACAUUAUUUUCUUGGUGUUGAAGCUAAUGAAGAUGCCAUAGGGCUAUUUCUCUAUCAGGACAAAUAUAUUUUGGACCUCUUGUUGAAAACCAAUCUUGCUGCCGCUAAACCUGUUUCUAGUCCCAUGGCCACCACCUCUCAACCUUCUAAAUUUCAAGGUGUUCCUUGGUCUGACCCCACUCAGUAUCGCAGUAUUGUGGGGGCACUUCAAUAUGUCACUCUCAUACGUCCAGAUGUGGCUUUUGAUAUCAACAAAGCCUGCAAAUUUUCACAUGCUCCAACUGAGGAACAUUGGGCAAUUGUUAAAAUAAUUUUGAGGUGUCUCAUAGGAAUUGUUAAUUACGGAUUGUACUUCUCUAUACAAUCCUCGGGGUUGUUGGUUGCCUUCUUUGAUGUUGAUUGGGCCGUCUAUCCAGAUGAUCACUAUUCUAUUGGGGGUUAUGGAAUUUUUCUUGGUUCUCAGUUGGUCUCACGGAGUGCUAAGAAGCAUCUUACUAUUGCAUGUUCUAGUAUGGAGGCUGAGUUUUGGGCCAUGGCUAAUUCUACUAUAGAGCUAAUGUGGCUUCAGUCACUUCUCUUCGAUCAGGGUGUUGUUGGAGCUACAUAUCUU